CUAACAUACUCAUACUCAGGUAGCCAAGGAGGCGAUGGCCACUUCUCUCGCGCCGUCCACACAAUGAGUCCGGCAGCAACUAUGGCCGUCCUUCUCCGACCAUCCACGCUCCUCCCCUCCUCCCAAUCCACGACGACCUCCCGACUCAGAUUCCCCGUCGCUACCCCGCUUCCUCGCUGCCGCCAUGGCGGCGCCGGCAAGAAGAGCCGCCUCCUGGUCGCAAGAAGAAGGGGGAGGAGAGACCGGGUCGCCUGCCUUCCCACGAAGGAGGAGGAGGAGGAGGAGGUCGGCGUGGCGGGAGACGGUGGGGAGGAGGAUGGGGACGAGGACGGGUACCUGGCGAGGGAGGGCGAGUGGGGGGUGCGGCGGAUGGGGCGGGUCGGCGAGGAGAUGCGGCGGGUGGCGCUCGUCCAGGCCGAGGCCUUCCACAUCCCCGUCGCCCUCUUCAACGACUUCUUCUUCGAUUUUUUCAAAGCGGAGGUGCUGUCGGCGCUCAUCUACAGGGUGAGGAAUUCGCCGCCUGACAGAUACGCGUGUUUAGUGGCAGAAGAAGUGGAUGCAACCAGCCAGAUAUCUGAGGCGCCAUUCGAGAAAAUUGUUGGUGUGGUGGACUGCACAGUUCAGAAUGAAGCUGACAUACUUAAGAACCUCCAAGGCGUCGACGAGUACCUCUAUGUGUCAGGAAUUGCGGUGUUGCCAUCCUUCAGGAGGAGGAAGGUAGGGACUGCGCUGCUGAAAGCCUGCGAGGCGCUGGCGCUCCAGUGGAGGCACAGAUUCAUGGCGCUGAGGGCUUACAAGGACGACGAUGGAGCUCGAGGCCUUUACUCCAAGGCGGGGUACAGGGUGGUGGCAAAGGAUCCUGGAUGGGUCACCUGGGUGGGAAGGAGACGGCGUGUUCUGAUGAUAAAGGAGCUGCCUAUCCAUGAACAUCAUUUAGAACAGCAAUGAUAUGUUUCUUUGCUUUAGCCAUGCAUCGAUCCCUGUAAAUGUAUCACUUUUGCUGUGAGUAUCACUAGUGCAUAUGUAUGCUUGUUUCUUUGUGGUAAUUUGAUUCAAGUUUGGUGUAGCAUAAAUCAAUAGUAUAGGUGAAUGAAUGGCUAUUAGCAAUGACGAUCUUUUUGCCAGUGUCACAAGUCUCACAGAUUCUGUGAAGCCCCAAUUUACAUCUUGUUUC